AUGCAUACACAAGAUCAAUAUAGUACUAUUUACGGCGCUGCUUUAAUUCUCGGAGGUUUACUUGGCUAUUUUCGUCGUGGAAGCGCCAUCUCACUCUUGUUUGGUGCUCUUUUCGGAUCGUGGACUCUCUACAAUGGAAUGCAUCCCACACGUCAAAAUAACGUCGCUAACUUGGCUAUCGCCUCUGUUCUCGGUGUCAUUAUGCUAUUACGGUUCUUAAUCGGUCGUAAAGUUUUCCCAAGUCUUAUUGUUUUUGGCUUAUCGGCUUUUCAAAUCUAUCGCAAUUAUCCGUAUCUCAAAUAA